GGUACAUUACUAUUUCUAUUAUAACUACACCUACACACCUUAUCAAACUUAUACUUCUACCUUCAGAUCAUGUGGGUGCACUAAUUUCCCCUUUGGGAUAUAACCCUCCUCCGGCUUUGUGCUAACCUUAUAAUUCCUUUUUUUAACUAUUGCUAAUUAUACUCAUAAAGGUGGGGAAUACUAUAUAUAAUUAACGUCCUGCCAGUGCAGUGGAUCCCUUACUGUUUACUCCUCCGCUUAAGUAACUUUGUGGUAAAUCAUUUUUCAGAAUUAUCAUCCAGUAUACCAUAAUAUAAUAUCAUAUAAUAUAAUAUAAUAUAGCAAGUGUCUAGUAUGGUAGAACCAGUCCCUAUUGCUGUCCCUGUACCAACUCCAGAUCAGACCAUACGGCACCGGAAGGGGGGUAGUGAAGAACUGACCCAAAGACACUUUGUUCAUAUUGCUCCUUUGAACACUCCAUUAAGACAAAGAUUACAGACCAUAGGAGUCAUUUGGCAUACAGUAUGCAUUCCAUUCUUUAUUUGUUUAUUCUUAUUUGCUGUAUCAUUGGGUUGGGUGGUAUGGGGCACCAUCAUCUUACCAUAUUUUAUUUGGUGGUAUGGAUUUGAUUUACAUACUCCUACAAAUGGUAAGGUGGUAUAUCGAGUCCGUGAUUGGAUGACUAAUUUAGUACUUUGGGAUUGGUUUGUAAAUUAUUUCCCCAUUAGACUUCAUAAGUCAGUAGAUCUUGAACCAACAUUUACAGAAGUUUUUGUUGAAGAUGAUUAUCUAGGGUCAGAUGAUGAAGAAGAUUUAAUUUCUGAAGAGUCUAGAACAUUUGUAGAUAUAGUAUUUAAGAGAUUGGGAUUAAGAAAGAGACUUAAUGAUUCAACUACUUCAUUAAAUUCAGUAUCGGUUCAUCAUUCUCCUCAUCAUUCUAAUCUGACUUUAACUAGUAAUGAUAAAUCUUCUUCAGUAUCUUCAACUUCAUCAUAUUCUUCAUCUUUAUCAUCAUCUAGUUCAAGUUCUGGAUCAGAGAAAAGAUCAGGUAAAGUUAAACGAAUAUCUACUGGACCUAGAUAUAUCUUUGGUUAUCAUCCUCAUGGAGUAAUAUCUAUGGGAUGUAUGGGAUUAUUUGCAACUAAUGCUAUUAGAAAUGAACCUUAUCAUCCACCAUUAAGAUUCUUAAAAUCUUUAUUUCAUGAUACUUCUAAAGGUAUACGACAAUUACCAGGAAUUGGUCAUGUAUUUCCUUUAACUAUUACUACACAAUUUACUAUCCCAUUCUAUCGAGAUUAUUUAUUAAGUCUUGGAUUAACAAGUGCUUCAGCUAAAAAUAUUAAAAGUUUAAUUAAUAAUGGAGAUAAUUCUGUAUGUAUUGUGGUAGGAGGAGCUCAAGAAUCUUUAUUAAAUAAUAUGGUAGGUGAACAUAAUAAUGUUGGAAUUGGAUUUAAUGAUUCUAAUCCUAAUCAAGUAGAUAAUAAAGAUACAAAAAAGAAGAGAGAAAUUAAAUUGGUAUUACAUAAACGUAAAGGAUUUGUAAAACUUGCUAUUGAAACAGGUAAUGUAUCAUUAGUUCCAACUUUUGCAUUUGGAGAAGCUGAUCUUUAUAAACUUACUAUACCAGAAAAAGGAUCAUUUGGAUAUGCAUUCCAACAAUGGUUAAAGACAUAUUUUAAAUUUACUAUCCCAUUCUUUAGUGCAAGAGGGGUAUUUAUUUAUGAUUUCGGAUUCUUACCUUAUAGAAAUCCUAUUAAUGUUUGUAUGGGUAGACCCAUUCAUAUUCCUACAGGAACAUUAGAAAAGUAUAAACUUGAACAUCCUGAAUUUGAUGAACAACAAAAGCAAAAGGAAAAGGAAAAGGAAAAACAAAAGCAACAUGAGACUCAUGAUUCAGCUGGUGUCAAGAAAUUACUAAGAAAGGAUUCAUUCACCAAUUUAUUUAAGUACAGUGAUAAACCCAGACACUCAACUAUCAAAACAAAGAUCCCUCAAGAAUUAUUAGACUUUUAUCAUAAACUCUAUGUGGAUGAAUUGAAACGAGUGUUUGAAGAGAAUAAGCACAAGUACGGAUAUGGUGAUGUUCAAUUAAAUAUUAUUGAAUAAGUUAAAGGUAUAUAUAUAUAAACAACUACACUCUCAUUAAUGACUUAUAUAGUAAUGAAGACUUUUAAUUAUUAAAC